AUGUCGUCGUCAACCAACUCCGUCCCAUAUGGCGUACAGAUUCUGCAAAAGAUUUCCGACAAGUUUCCCCGCCUCACCCGGAUCGUCGAUCGUGAAAAUUUGUACAAAUAUAGUGUUCUAAUUUUGACAUUCAUCACAUAUGCAGCCUAUCAUGCAUCUCGAAAACCCAUUAGUGUUGUUAAAAUUGUGUUGUAUCAAAACUGUUCUGAAGUUACUACCCCUGCUCCUAUUAACAACACAGAUCCUGAUUGGUGUAACUGGGCACCAUUUAAUGCUGAACACCACAACGCUUUGUUUGGAACAUUGGAUUCGGCAUUCCUUUUUUCCUAUGGGAUAGCAAUGUUUUUUAGUGGCAUAAUUGCGGAACGUGUCAACAUAAGAAUUUUCCUAACAAUUGGAAUGAUUUUAUCUGGUACAGCUUGCUCAAUGUUUGGAUUAGCUCAUUAUUACAAUAUACAUUCCAUGUGGUAUUUUAUUGGAGUUCAGAUAUUUGGUGGUAUUUGUCAAACUACUGGAUGGCCGGGUGUUGUAACUGCAAUGGGCAAUUGGUUUGGAAAAGGAAACCGAGGGUUUAUAUUUGGUAUUUGGAACUCUCACACAUCAAUUGGAAAUAUCAUUGGUACUUUACUUGCCAGUUUGUAUGUUGAAUCCAAUUGGGGAUUAUCAUUUAUUGUUCCUGGGAUAUUUAUUAUUUCUUCUGGAAUUCUAAUUUAUUUGUUUCUUGUGGUCCAUCCAUCUGAUAUAAAUAGUGAUUCUCACUUGAAUGAAAAAGUCCAGAAUGGUCGCAAGGCCUUAGAGAGAAAUGGAAUACGAAGACAAUCACCUCAUCGUGACUAUAACGUACCAGAAGAAAAUGAAAUUUUGAAGGGCAGUUCAGAAGAGAAAAAACCCAGCACUUCCCCACAAGAGGUCUCUAUACCUCUUGACGAUAUAUCAUCUAAGGAGUUGUCAUUGUUACCUUCUAACAAGGAUGAAGUAAAAGAAAAAACUGAAGGCAGUCCAAUUCUUUCCCAUUUAAAUGGUUCACCAAAGAAAGCAGUUGGUUUCAUAGGUGCCAUCAAAAUUCCUGGUGUAAUUGAAUUCUCCAUGUGUUUAUUCUUUGCAAAACUAGUCAGUUACACUUUCCUAUACUGGUUACCAAAUUAUAUUAAGUAUUCUUCUACCUAUAGCCCUUCGGAAAGUGCAGAUUUGUCAACCUUAUUUGAUGUUGGUGGUAUUUUUGGUGGAAUUGCCGCAGGAAUAUUCAGUGAUAUGUUUGGAAAAAGUGCAUGUACUUGUGCAGUAAUGUUGUUUUUGGCCAUUCCAUCUCUUUAUGCCUACAAUUUAUUGUCUUCGGUCAGCUUAUUUCUGAACAUUACAUUAUUGGUGGUUGCUGGUGGUCUGGUUAAUGGACCAUACGCACUGAUUACUACUGCGGUAUCUGCAGAAUUAGGAACACACAGCUCUUUAAAAGGAAAUUCCAAAGCAUUAUCUACUGUUACAUCUAUUAUUGAUGGCACUGGAUCUAUUGGGGCAGCUGUUGGACCUCUUCUAGCUGCUUAUAUAUCCGACCUUUUUGAUUGGACAAGUGUUUUUUAUAUGCUUAUGGGUUCCAAUGUACUUGCAAUAUUGUUGCUUACACGACUGGUCAAGCGAGAACUCCAGAAUGUUGGCUAG